UUUUGCCCAUACUUCAUUCACUCCACACCGGCUGAUAUGAACGGGUAUGUGUUGGUGUCGGCCUCCAGCAGACUCUCUGGAUGUUGGAUAUAGAUGGCAGGCAGGCAGUCAGACACAGAUGAGACAGGUCUCUCGAGUGCAACAAGUUAGUGUUGUGCUAGAAAGUUUGAAGAGUUUGUGCGAAAGUGACAAUAAGUAUUGUAGCUUUUAUUGAAAAGUUUGGACUGUGUUGUUUGAAGUGAUGUCUCUUCCGUUGAUGUAUUUAACACGAAAGGAGUGCUUCAGUGCUUGUCAUCGUUUACAUAGUCCCUUUCUCAGCGAAGAAGCCAAUCGUCAAGUGUACGGCAAGUGUAACAACCCUAAUGGACACGGCCACAACUAUACCGUCGAGGUCACUGUACGAGGUCCAGUGGACCCCAAAACCGGAAUGGUAAUGAACAUCACCGACCUGAAGCAAUACAUGGACCAAACCAUCAUGAACAAGCUGGACCAUCUCAACCUGGACAAGGACGUGCCUUACUUCAAAAACUUGCCAAGUACCACCGAAAACGUGGCCUUCUUUAUCUGGGACGCCCUCAAGCUGGUGAUGGCCAAGCCGGAGCUGCUGUACGAGGUCAAGAUCCACGAGACGGACAAGAACUCGGUCGUGUACAGGGGCCAGAAGUUCGACGCGAGCAAUCACUACCACGACCAUAACAGCGACCAUCACCACCAGAACAAUGACCAUCAGAAUGCGGCGGCCGGCAUGUCUUCGGACUCGGACAGCUAAGUGCGAGGUAGAGUCAGUAGGGGAGUUACGAGCCAUACCUUGCUGGGUGCAAUGAGGGCGAACAGAAGCGACGGUGCGAGAAGGUGGAAUGGAAAAGACUUAUGUAUUGAUGAUUGUUUUGUUUUUUGGAUUGUUGUUCUUCUUUUUCGAGCGCAAAUAAAUUGAUGCAAUUCCAAUGCAAUGACUUUCGAUGAGGAA